AUGGACGUUGUCACACCGCACUCCCGCUGGUGGUCAAAAAGUGACAUGAGACGUCUCAUUCAUCUGAGAAACAGCGGGGAAUCCUGGGCUGCUAUCAGCGCAGAAUUCCCAGGCCGGACUCUUCAGGGAGUCAAGCAGACAUACCGCAAGCGUCGUUUCGCUACUGAGCGUCAAAUGGAGAAAGAGGCGUUCGGAGCGACUUCUGCUGAGCCUUCUCUUAUUGACGACAACGAUGAGAAGAGCAAUUAG